GGCCUACGCCUGGUAGGAUGUUUGUCAUGUUGUUUGGCGGAGGAGGAGCUGGAGCAGCGGGAGGAGCAGGAGGAGUGUGCAAUGGCGAUCCGUCGGUUGUUUGGCGGAGGAGCGGGAGCACCGGGAGGAGGAGCGGAAGGAGGAGGAGGAGAGGGAGGAGGAGGAGGAGAGGGAGGAGGAGCGGGAGGAGGAGGAGAGGGAGGAGGAGCGGGAGUUGUCUGGCGGAGGAGGAGAGGGAAAAGCGGGAACCACAGGAGAAGGAUGGAGGGGGCUCGUCCGACAGGUACGAUCUUUGUCACGUUGUCUGGCGGAGGAGGAGCGGGAGGAGGAGCGGGAGAGGGAGGGGGAGCGGGAGGAGCGAGGGAAAGAGGAGCAGAAGCAGCGCGACGAGGAGGACCAAGAGGAAGGAACGGGAGGAGGAUGAAGUUGUGGUGGAGCAGCAGCGGGGGCUCGGAGGAAAGGCCGGAAAGAGGACCGGGAGGAGGAGGCGGAGGAGAAGAGGAGGUGCGGGAGGAGCGGGAGAAGGAGCGGGAGAAGGAGCGGGCAGAGGAGGGGCAGAAGGAGCGGGCGGAGGAGGGGCAGAAGGAGCGGGAGGAGGAGCGCGAGGAGGAGGAGGAGGAGCGGGAGGAGUGUCAGGAGAAGGAGCGGACGGGAGUAGGAGUGGAAGGCGGUACAGGAGGAGGAGAAGCGGGAGAAGGAGCGGGAGGAGGAGCGGGAGAAGGAGCGGAAGAACGAGCAGGAGCAGUAAGGGGGGAAGAGCAGGAGAAGCAGCGGCAGGAGGAGCCGGAGAAGGGGGAAGGGGAGAAGCGGAGGAGGAGCGGGAGCAGCUGGAGGAGCAGGAGUGUGCAACGGCGGUCCGUCGGUUGUUUGGCGGAGGAGCGGGAGCACCGGGAGGAGGAGCGGGAGGAGGAGGAGGAGAGGGAGGAGGAGCGGGAGGAGGAGGAGGAGAGGGAGGAGGAGCGGGAGGAGGAGGAGAGGGAGGAGCGGGAGGAGGAGGAGAGGGAGGAGGAGCGGGAGUUGUCUGGCGGAGGAGGAGCAGGAGUUGUCUGGCGGAGGAGGAGCGGGAGGAGCGGGAGCCAAGGGAGAAGGAUCGGGGGGGCUCGUCCGGCAGGUACGAUCUUUGUCACGUUGUUUGGCGGAGGAGCGAGAGGAGGAGCGGGAGAAGUGAGAGAAGGAGCGGGAGGAGGAACAUGCAACGGCGGUCCAUCGGUAGGAGCGAGAGGAGGUACAAGAGGAGGAGAAGCGAUAGAAGGAGCGGGAGGAGGAACAGGAGGAUCGGGAGGAGGGCCGGGGGAGAGAGCAGGAGAACCAACCGGAGGAGGAGGAGCAGGAGGAGCAGGAGGAGGAGGAGCAGCAGGAGGGGGAGCGGGAGAAGGGGAGGGAGGAGGACCAGGAGGAGGAGCGAGAGAAGGAGCGGGAGCCUUUUUUCUUUUUUUUCAUAGGAGAUGGCUAGUGAGGGAUCUUUGUCACGUUGUCUGGCGGAGGAGCAGGAGGAGGAGCGGGAGGGGGAGGAGGAGUGGGAGGGGGAGCGGAAGGAGUAGGACGGAGAACGGGAAGGGGCGGAGGAGGCGCAGGAGGAGGAGCAGGAGAAGGAGCAGGAACCUUUUUUCUUCUUUUUUUUAUGUGGGAGAUGGCUAUGGUGGGAUCUUUGUCACGUUGUUUGGCGGAGGAGGAGCGGGAAAAGGAGUGGGAGCAGCAGGAGGAGUGGGAGGAGGCGCGGGAGGAGGAGCAGGAGGAGCGGCGGGAGAAGCGGCAGUAGGGGCUGGAGAAGGAGCAUCAAGAGAAACGGGAAGGGGCGGAGAAGGCGCGGGACAAGGAGCGGGCAUUCUGUUGCUAUCUCUCGAGAGGAAGGAUGACGGUGGUGACGAGACACGGGAGGGGGAGGGAAAUGGUGACGAUGAUUAGGGCGUUGACGAGGAGCAUCUCAAGGGAUCUAUUUUUUUUUAUUUUUUACUUUCCGAUGAUGGUGAGAACGAUGAUGAUGAUGAUGGUGAUCAUUGCAGCGAUGAUGACCAGUGAGAAGCGUGGGGAAGGGGUAGGAGGAAAUUGCAAAACAGAGGGGCUGGGAGAAGAAUCGUCAUGAUAAUCCUGAUGGUGGGGACAAGACACAAGAAUGGGAGGAGGGAUGAUGGUAGGUACAAGACAUGGGAGGGGUGAUCAUGAUCCAAAUGAGGAUGGGGUUGGGAGAUGAUGGUGUGGAUAGAGUCACAGAGGAGGGGACCAUGAACCGCAGCACUGAUCAUGAUGAUCACACUAUAUGACGGGAGGGGACGAGAGGCAUCAUACAUGGACUAGGAUAAUGAUGAUGGUAUGGAACGGGAGAUGAGCAUCUUCGACCCAAAGAACAGGCGAAGAAAGUAGUAGUAGUGCUGACCAGUUCGAUCAUGUUUUUUUUUUUGUUUUACUUUGAUGAUCAUAUCUAUAAAAAACAAAGUAACAAAUUGCCAACCGUCUU